AUGACCAACACGAUUGAGCCGGCUCCGUCGGAGCUGGUUCAAUUGCGCCGCGCCUGUGACCGAUGCCAUUCGCAAAAACUCCGUUGUGAACGCACAGGGGCCGGCAGUUGUGAUCGUUGCGAGAAAAUGGGGGUGACAUGUGUUUUCAGUCCUUCUCGUCGGAUGCAUAAAACGAGCCUGCCGAAAGAUGGCGAUGCGAAGUUGUCCGCCUCGGGGGUCAAUAAUAACUUUGCACUCAACGAAAAUGUGACGCUAGACAGUCCUCUGCAUUGGGAUCUGACAACCGCCCAGUGGGCUUCUCAAAGCACAGACCCUGUUGGACAUGACUUUGAGAACGGCCUACCAUGCCUGGAUCCAGGCGUGGUCAUUUCGCCGGGCAAUAUGGACUUCUCUAUGCUGAAUGCCGACGAGUUCUAUAUGAACCCACGGAGCUCCUUGAGCAACCAGGGCGUCUCCGACCACACAGCGUCAGAUAAUUCAGCUCCUCCUGUUGCAACGGCUGGCCGUUGUUCGCCACACGAGGAGUGGAUUCGCAAGAUCUCCGAUUUGAAUAUCAAGAUAUACAACCAUGCCGCCGUAUUCCCACCGGCUGCGCAACACUCGUCAUAUCUAAAUGACGACAACACGUCAGAUCACAAUCGAACUGUGUGCAUUGACCAAACUUUUGCCAUUACUGCGCAAGUUGUGGAGGCAUUGGAGAUGGUUUCGCCCCAGCUUCGCGGGGAUGGGGUGUGCAGCGGCAUAGAACCCUUGGAUCAAGGCAAUUUGCUUCUGGUGCUGUCGUUGUAUUUGCGCCUUCUGGAUCUCUACUACGCCAUUUUCGAACCGCUGCAAAAGACCCUGCCCUGUCCCCGCUAUCACAACUCUUCCUCGUGCUCCUCCAAUUACCCCCCUUCUUUACUAUCAAUCGACACUCCUUCUCCCUGCCCCGAGCGAUCCUGGGAUGGUCGUCUCCCCCGGUUCCCCGCUCUUCGCAUUGGCGAAUUCUCCAUCCCCGUCGAAACAAGCGUCCACGCCUUGAUGACCAUACAGCUCGCCGAGCUAUUAUUACGUCUGCUUAGCCGACCAGAAUACUUCAUGGGGGGCGAGUAUGGGUUAGAUCGGCUACGAGAUAGUAGCAGUAUGGACGUCGCCGAGCUGUCGCUGAAAGCCGCGGAGAAGCGACAGAUGGAGGUAAUGGUAAUGAUGAAGGCUAUCAAGUGGGCGCUUGCUUCGCGAUAA